AUGGACUUACAACCAUAUACGUCGACUGAGUUCUGGGAGGCAUGGUUAGCUGAGUUAGUUCCAAUGGCCUGUCCUGACUCGCCCGCAGGUCUAGGGGCUCCUAUUGCAACCCCAAGCAAUGGCCUUUACCACAGCUUGAAUGGGCUGGUGCCUGUCACACCUGAUCUGCAUGAUCAUCUUGAUGAGAGCGAGGUUCCCGCAGGACUAUUUGUUUCCAGUACCCCAACGUCAACCAGCAUUGCGAUCAAUGUGGACGACAUUGCCACCGGCCUAGAGAACAAGGAUUCAGAGCCCGAAGUGAUUGAGCAGAUAUUCAGAUUGGAUAGCUUUCCGGCAUAG